GGUCAGCGCUUUCCAGAGAAGCACAUGAUUGGACAGAACAUGCGUUACGUCACACUCCCGGAACAUAAUGUACACAUGACAAAAUUGUGUAAGUGUCCCCCGGCCUUUACCUCAAAAGACAGAGCAUAAUGCCGACGUCUCCUGUUAAAACGCGGAUCCCCCUCACGAGCUUUGGUCAUCUCAUCACAGAGGUUAAGAAGCAGCUGUUUGGCAUUGAGGCCCCGACUUCUGUGGAGCUGACUGGUUUCAGAAAAUACUUUAAUAGCUACACGCUGCAGGGCCGCCGAAAUUAUGUGCUGGUCACGUAUGGAGUCUUUGCUGUGGCUGCAGCUGCCUACUUCAUGCACAGACAAAACAAAAUAGAGCAUCAGACAUCCAGCUCCACAGCCUGAAUGUGGAAGGAAACCGACCCAACACUACCUGUACUCUGUUAAUAAAGUCUAUUUAAAUGCA